AUGUUAGGCUGUAAUGAAGAAGUAUAUAUACUUGAAGCCCGAAUUGGAACUAUCAAAGAAAUCUUGUUUGAGAAAAGCUUGAUUUGCUUUGACCUGGAAAGGAUGGAUAACUCGAGUGCCAAAGAUAUUGCAAAUCAUUUGGCUGCAGAUGGUGAUCGCUUCAAAGAGCUCAAGGCUUUUGAUGAUUCGAAAGCUGGCGUGAAAGGACUUGUUGAUGCAGGGGCCAAAAGUCUACCCAAAAUCUUCAUUCGGCCACCUGAAGAACUCCUGGAGGAGCUAAACCUUGGCCGUUCCCAGGCAGAAUUUCCAGUGAUAGACCUCAGUGGCAUACAAAGUGGUCAUGAUCAAAGGAAGAGUGUUGUUGAUACACUAAGGCGAGCAUCGGAGGAAUGGGGGUUUUUCCAAGUGGCAAAUCAUGGGAUUCCAGCAAAACUGUUGAAUGGAAUUGUACAUGGCACCUGCAAGUUUCAUGAGCUAGAUGCUGAACUGAAGGAAAAGUACUAUUCUCGUGAUCUGUCGAGAAUAGUGAGAUAUUCUAGCAAUAUUGAUCUGUAUCAAUCAAAUGUUGCUACUUGGAGAGACACUUUGACCAUUAAUCUGAUGACUACUUAUCAAGUUGAACCUGAUGAAUUGCCUGAGGUUUGCAAAAAUGCAGUCAUGGAUUACAUGGAUCAUGUAACCAAGCUUGGAGAAACUCUGUUUGAGUUGCUAUCAGAAGCUCUUGGCCUAAAACUAGAUGACUUAAAUGCCAUGGAAUGUGCAAAAGCCCGCAAUUUUGUUUUGCACUACUAUCCAGCAUGCCCAGAGCCAGACAAAACUCUAGGAACUAGAAGGCAUACAGAUCCGUCCUUCCUUACCAUUCUUCUUCAAGACCAAAUCGGUGGCCUCCAAGUCCUGCGCGAUAACCUGUGGAUAGACGUGCCACCCGUCCCAGGAAGUUUGGUGGUUAACAUUGGAGAUCUUCUUCAGAUUGUCUCGAAUGACAAGUUUAAGAGUGCAGAGCACAGAGUCCUGGCAAACCGUAUUGGACCUAGAAUAUCAAUUGCUUGCUUUUUUUCUGGUGUAAUUGCACCUCCAAAGAUCUACAGUCCAAUCAAAGAACUGGUUUCAGAAGAAUGUCCAGCACUCUACAAAGAAUUCCAAGUUGGAGAGUAUCUCAAGAGCUUCUACUCAAAUUCACUUGAUAAGUCCCGCCUUCAGAAACUGAAAAUCUGA